ACUACUAUUAUUAGUUCCCGAGGCUUGCUUUCCUACUGAACAGAUUUCAAUUCUUCUCUAGAUUUACUGAUGGUGUUGCUGUCCCGCUGUAGCUAGGCGAAUACACUGAUUGUCGUAGUUGAAACUCAAAUUCUCUGCUGACUAGUACGAUCCUGCAGAAUUCGGCAGAAGCUCACCUAGACGGAUCGAAGACUCUCACUCAGACCACGGACGGUCAUUCCGUCGAGGACGGGGAAUACAAGACUAGGCCUCUGAGCGAACCUUGGCAACGGAGGGUCAACAACCUAUUGACUAUUGAUACCAUGUCAAGGGAAUUAACGUCAACCGCGUGUGGAAUGGACAGCAUUGUAUUCGACGUGUGGGUAGAACAUGUACUGCCCUUGUUGUCCAUCCGGGACAUCUUUCGGCUGUGUGGAACCUCCAGGCAGGUUCCGUCGCUGCUGUUCUGGGAAGACACGUUUAGACAUCUAUGUCGGCAACGCUAUCAACUCAGUCCUGCUUUGGACGUGUCAUAUAUAGACGUUGCCAGAAACCUGGAAAUUGUCACCGGUGUGGCUGGCCUGUAUCAUAGCCGGUGCAUCGAUACCAUGCAUUGCAUUUACGGCAGCGAUGUGGAUGUUGGUUUGGUCGGCAGAGAAAAGAAGCAGUCGAUUAUCACACUGUCGUGCCUAGAGUUGAUGCUGCCAGCACAGUUGAGUCAUACCACGAGCUGGGACAGCGCUGGCCUGUUCAAGUCACUCGCCGAACGCCAUUUACUACAUGCACAAGAAGAUCGAGAGUUCCUACCAAACCUUUUGCUGAGGGAAAUCGACCGAAACGUUAAGUCGACCAAAGACUUGAGUUCCCUUUGCUUUGAACCAUUGCAGUACCUGUUUAGAGAUGUGGCAGAUUUGUUUAAGCGUUUCGCAUCGAAGAAAUCGCGUCAAGCAGUGAUUAUCAACUCGAUGGAACCACUUGUUUCAAGGAUGACCAAAUACAUACCUUACUUUAACCGCUCGCGGAGGCUUAUGAAAAUUGCGCAUUCCCUGCACAAUUUAGCCCAGAAAGACAGAAAAUUGUUAUCAGCUCUGGAACUUGAAGAUCUCAACGCAUUUCCCCUUAUCGACGAUGAUGAUGAGUGGACGGACUCGUAUAACCCUUACUACCAUUGUGAUAUCAACUAUUACGACAAUUAUGAUCUGGGCGAAGAUAUGGAUAUGUCCCGAACAUUGGUCGACAUGGCCGCCAAGCUCUCAGAAAAGCACUCAGUUCUGAAGCUGCUGAUAAUGGGUAGGCUUAAGACAUUGAAUCCCGAGAAUUACUUCAUGGCUCUCAACGAAUAUGAAGAAUUCUGGAAGAGUUUGGCUAAGUCAAGUCGCCCCAGUCGUGAAGUUCUAUGCAGCGGCUUGGGAAGCCAUCUACUUUCAUCAAUAUCAGGAUCGCCUGAUCAGAAGCUAUGGACGAUACCGGAGCUAGUGAACGCCAUGAAGAAUUUUGGAAAAAACUAGUUUCCUUUGCGGCCAGAAAAGCUACCGCUUUCAGAGAAGCAAAGAAGACCAGAAUGUGUGCAAGAAGACGAAAAGAAAGAAGACGAAGAACGCGAAGAAUAGUCCAAUUAUCAUCUAAACAGCGCCCCGUGUCACGAUCGCCUGAUCAGAAGCUAUGGACGAAAGCGGAGCUAGUGAACGCCAUGAAGAAUUAUGGAAAAAAACUAGUUUUCUUUGCGGCCAGAAAAGCUACCGCUUUCAGAGAAGCAAAGAAGACCAGAAUGUGUGCAAGAAGACGAAAAGAAAGAAGACGAAAAACGCGAAGAAUAGUCCUAUUAUCAUCUAAACAGCGCCCCGUGUCAACAACCGAUUCCCAUGGCGAUCACACCGACACACACGCGCACGCAGACACACCAAGACACGUAUACACAUGGAGGUACAUUUGACACCCCACAUUACAUUGUAUAUUGCAAUGUUAUGCAUCUCGAACUUCGUGAUUGUAUACCUCCUUAUUUUGAUAGUCCACUUCACCCGCCCUUGUUAACACACGGCUAGUUGUUACCGUUUCAAGUAUUCAAUGAUGAUGAUGAUUGACUAGAUCCUCCUUAUCCUCUUUUUUAUUUAUUUUGUCAGUUCUAGUU